AUGUCGUCCUGCUUACCCGGGAGCAUGGAUAAGUCCCUGCGUGGCUACUUCAGAUCAUUACCCGAUGCCGAUGACAUGCUUUUUCCAAUGUAUACCGUGGAUGCGGACCUCGUGAUGCAGAUGACGAGGGUUGAACCGCAUGAAGAGCUUAAGGCUCGUGGUGAAGUCAUCCCUUUCAGCAACAGGAUGGGGAUUGCAGCUUUCGUUUCGCACCAGUGGGCUGGCAGGAAGCACCCUGAUCCAGACUUCAGGCAGUUCAAGACUCUCCAGGACACACUCAGGCGUUUCAUGAAGGGCGACGGUUCAAUAUCUCUCGACUAUGUCACUGAAUCUUUGGUCCCAACGGCAAAGCCAUUGCCAACGAAAGAGUUUCAAGCCCAGCCUUUGUACAUCUGGUAUGACUACUUUUCCGUCCCACAGCUCGAGAAGCGCGAAGCAUAUGCCACAGAUCAAAGCGAUGGGAGCAAUCAGGCCAAAGCCAUCAACAGCAUCCCAACAUACGUGGCCAAGUGCCGCUUCUUCCUUGCCAUUUGCCCGGUCAUCGACUGUCCUUUGGAAGGAAAGGUGAUUUCGCCAACGAGCUGGGCGGAAAGGGGUUGGUGCCGGGUAGAGCGCUCGGCACGCGAGCUGUCCCCAGACAACAUGUGGAUCCUGGUCCAGAGCUCUACGACUGCUGAGCUGGUAGGCACCACCUGGUCGUUUCUGACCGGAGCAGUUGGGGAAGGCGACUUCACAGUGGAAGAGGAUCGGAAACGGCUCGGGCCAGUCAUGAGGAAGAUUGUCUUGAAGAAGCUCUUGUCAUGCCUGAGAUCCGGGGACAUGCCCGGCUACCGACGCCAGUUGAAUCUGCAGUCGGUCCACUUGCGAGGCCUCGAAACAGAUCUGGUGGAAGACCUUCUACCCUAUACCAAUGAUGCCACUCGCCUCCACAAAGACCCGAUUGUAGCGAACUUCCUUCACCAGAACGCCCUCCGCAAAGUGGGAAAGGCAGACAGUGCUGGAUUCUUUCCCUUGCACUAUGCAGCCAUUUCUGGUGACCCGGAGGUGAUACAAGCCCUGCUGCUCUCGCGCGCGAACCCCAACAAACGGACCAAGAGAGACGAACCCCUGCUGGGCUACCCACCAUUCGCGUCGGCCAUGGACCUUGCAGUUUUCUACAGUCACAACGCAGCGGCCCGCCAUCUCAUCGCAGCGAAAGCCCGGGUACACGGAGGAAUCCAGUCGGCCUUCUUCUGGGCAGCUGCUGGGAACAAUGUGGAGGGCAUUCGGCUGCUCGUCAAUGCAGGAGGGAAUCCGUGGAAAUGGAAUGUCUGGGGCCACACGGCCUUAGAGGCAGCAACGGGCUAUGGGCGUAUGGCCGCCUUGGAGGAGUUCGUGGCUCAAGGAGAAGGCGUCCCAGGAGGGCCACGGAGCUUGUCGCUGGCUCUUUGGGGCUCCUGUUCCUGUCGGGGAGGCUCUGCCAAGGUGGUCAACCGCCUGCUCGAGUUCAAGGCCGACAUGGACUUCCAGGUAGACCUCCCCCGCGACUUCGGCCACCCGGUUGCCCGCCUGCUUUUUGGGGCGAAGGCCCUGCAGCACCAGCUUGGAACAAAGACGAUGCUCACGGCUGUUUGCUACCAUUUCCACGGCAUCACGCCGCUGAUUGCGGCGAUGCGGUCAAGUCAAUAUGAGGCCGCUGCAGCCUUGAUUGCUGCCGGCGCGAGGUUGGACAUCAGGAACGGCCGUGGUUGGGCUGCAGCCGACUUCGCAGCAGGGAGGGAGAUCCCCGACUUCUUGCAGCAGGGUCUGCAAGGGAACCGAGCCGAGUGCCAAAGGGUGUCGCAACUGGCUCUUCCAGAUGGCUAUGUCGAGGCGUACAUUGGGGCAGCAGAUGCACGCCAGAGUCAGACAUCUUCACUGCACGCCGUUGAAGACAACGUCGAGGUGAGCUUGUGA